UUUAGGUGAACUUUAAAUAAUUUUUUUCUUAUGCAGAAGACUUAACCAAUGGUUCAUAUGAUGAUGUCCUAAAUGCUGAACAACUUCAGAAACUCCUUUAUCUCCUUGAGUUAACUGAGGAUCCUGUAAUUAUUGAAAGAGCUUUGGUCACCCUAGGUAACAAUGCAGCUUUUUCCACUAACCAGGUCACUAUUUGUGAGUUGGGUGGUAUUCCAAUUGUUGGAAGCAAAAUCAAAGAUCCCAACCACAGUAUUAAAGAGAAGGCUUUAAAUGCACUGAGUAACCUGAGUGUGAAUGUUGAAAAUCAAAUCAAAAUAAAGGUAUACAUCGAUCAAGUCUGUGAGGAUGUCUUCUCUGGCCCCCUGAACUCCCCUGUGCAGCUGGCGGGACUGAGAUUGUUAACAAACAUGACAGUUACCAAUGACCAUCAGCACAUGUUUAGCAAUUACAUUACAGACCUGUUCCAAGUGUUGCUUACAGGAAAUGGAAGCACUAAGGUUCAAGUUUUAAAACUACUGUUGAAUUUGUCUGAAAAUCCAGCCAUGACAGAAGGACUUCUUGGUGCCCAAGUGGAUUCAUCAUUCCUUUCCCUUUAUGAUGGCCACGUGCCAAAGGAGAUUCUUCUUCGAGUUCUUACACUAUUUCAGAAUAUAAAUAACUGCCUCAAAAAGGAAGGCCAUUUAGCUCUUCAGCCUUCUUUCACUAAAGGGUCACUGUUUUUCCUAUUAUAUGGAGAAGAAUGUGCCCAGAAAAUGAGAGCGUUAGUUAAUCACCAUGAUGUGGAUGUGAAGGAAAAGGUAACAAUAAUACCCAAGUUCUAACUGGUAGGUCUUAUUUUCCAAAGAAUAAUGCAGUCUGGAAGUAAUGCAUGUAAACAUCUUUACAAAAGGAUUCUUUCAGCUGCUGAAUUUAAACAGUAAAUAGCAGAUUUCAUCAUUUCCACAGCUAUACUUACCAUGGUCUUCUGGUUUAUUUUGGAUCAUUUUAUUGAUACCAAAUGAAUAUAACAGCUUGUUCUGAAACAUUUCUUUCUUUUUAUUUUGCUGUUUGCCAAGCUACUUAAAUUAUUUCCUCGGCAUAAAGUGACAGUAACCUUUUUAUUGUAAGCUACUCUUCUGAUGUUUGCUGAGAUUUGCAGUUACUCACCUGAGAGAGCAUUAGUAUGUGAUUGUUUCAGAACUGCUGUAGGAAUGACCUUGUUCUUUUAGUAGCAAUGAGAUCCUAAGCUGCCAGCCUAGCCACACUCCUUUCGAAAGUCUAUUCUAGUCAAUGAAAAUUGUACACUUUUUGGAGAGAUGUUUCCUGCUACUCACCCACUUCCAUUCAGUGUGCCAGUAUGGAAAGAUGCUGUGUAUAAAAUAGUGGGAUCAAUCAAAAUGUCCACCUAUAAGCAAUUGCUUAAAUCAAUUAUCUAGCCUUAAAGAACUAAGCAGGUCUGAAUGUGCUAAUGUGGAAAAACACCCAUGAAAUACGGAUGUUUUUAAAUGAAAAAUAUUUAUGCUUAUAUAUGUUCAGUACAUUUCUAGAAUGAUACCCAAGCUCCUGGGAAUGGGACUGCGGAAUUAGGAAAUGACUUUUCUAUGUACACCUUUUACUGUUUGAAAUUUUUACUAUGGCAUAAAUUUUAUAAUAAUUUUUUAAAUAAAAAGGAAAAAAUAACUCACAA